AUGAUCUACAAAUCCGAAAUGAAUAGUGAUGAGAACCCAGCUGCAGUGCCAAAACCAGUGGAGGAUGUACAGGGAGAUGCAAGAUGGAUGUCACAGCACACACGGUUUGUACAGGAGUGCAAAGAUGCAGAGCCAGAUGUGCUGUUCAUUGGUGAUUCAAUGGUUCAACUAAUGCAACAAUAUGAUAUCUGGAGAGAAUUGUUUUCUCCUCUUCAUGCUCUCAAUUUUGGCAUCGGAGGUGACACAACCUGUAAUGUUUUAUGGAGGCUGCAGAAUGGGGAGCUGGAGAAUAUAAGACCUAAGGUGGUAGUAUUGUGGGUAGGAACCAACAAUCAUGAGCACACAGCAGAGCAAGUUGCAGGAGGAGUCAUGGCAAUUGUAGAACUUCUUUCUACUCGUCUGCGUAAAGCGAAAAUAAUAGUACUGGGCCUUUUGCCACGGGGGGAACGGCCAAACCCACUGAGGGAGAAGAAUGCUACUGUUAAUAGUUUCCUGCGUUCAUGGUUGCCCCGGAUUCCCCAGGCCCAGCUCCUUGACGUCAGUUCAGAACUGGUCCAUUCUGAUGGAACCAUCAGCAUACUGCACAUGUUUGACUUCCUCCAUCUUACAUCGGCUGGGUACCGUGUCAUGGCCAAGCCCCUUAAUGACCUUCUGCUGCAGAUAUUAGAAGAAACACCAGAGGAGAGAAGGGCCUCACUGGUUUAG